GGAUGGACGGAAGGAGCAUUUAUUGGAGGAGCUGCCUCACAUCGAGCGAUCGAUCAAGCGGUACAUAUCAUUCGCCAAGACCAUUCCAGGUUUCAACGAACUCUGCAUCAGCGACCAGAUCACCCUCAUCAAGGCUUCUAAAUUUGAGGCCUGGAUGAUCUUCUGCCACAAGCUGUUCAACGUGGAGCACAUGCUUUACACUACGCAGAGCGGCAAGGUGGCCCACGUGGACGACAUGAAGAGGAUGAAGAACUGCGAAUUCUUGGACGCCAUGUUCCACUUGGAGGGCUACCUGCAGAGGAUGCAGUUGAGUGUCGAAGAGACCUGCAUCAUGGGGGCUGUCUGUGUCAUGUUUCCUGAUACAUGCAACCUGCAAGAUCCUCACCUCGUUGAAAAAAGUCAGAACCUGGUGCUGGAGUGUCUCUACUACCUCUUCCGGAAGUACCAUCCAGAGGAUAAGUUGAGGUUCGCCCACUUCAUCAGCUGCGUGUUGCAGAUGCGCACGUUGAAGGAGAUUCAAAUGAGGGAGGAGGAGGCGUUCGUCAUGGAGUGGGGUGGAAAGGUGGAGAUCCCCAAACUCGUUUACGAGAUAUGGUCUUCCUGAUGAUGAUGAUGAUGAUGAUGGUGAUGAUGGACUAUGAUGAUGAAAUUUUUUAUGACGAUAGUUUAAUAAUUCCCGCGAAAGUGAAAGUAAAACGCCUACGCUAUUAUUUGCUGCAUCACAGACGUUUCAAUAUUGCGUUUUAUAAUUAUUUAUAAAUUUUAUAUUAUAUUAUAAUUAUGUUUAUAUUGUAAUUAGUAGUAGUAGUAGUAGUACUGUAAUGAUUAAUGUUUUUGUUUUUGUUAUUGUUUUUUCGUGCAGACUUUUCUGCUGGGUUUUUCUAACGACGUCAAUUGUUUAGUUUUCAAUGACAAACGUUACUCUUAAAGGGACACUUGUGUUCUGUUAAAAAUUAUUAGCAUUGAGAAUAAUUGAAAAUUCGCUAAUAUUGUUAUAAAUCUAUCGUUUUAAUUAUUUUAAUUUUAUUGUUUGUAAUGUUUUUAUUUUUAUUGUU